UCUAUUUCUGAGUAUUUCUUUUUAGCUACUGUUACAUUGAUUGUGAUUUAUCUUUCUUGGUAAUGGGGUUUUGAAAGAUUUGAAAAAUGAGAUGGUUAGUUCGAGUUUUGUGAUUCAAGUAGUGGGCUUUUGGUGACUUUUGAAUUACUACUUGUAGGAAUUAAAGCUGCCUUUUUCUUCUAUUCUUCAUACCAGUAUUCUGAGUAUAAUUUUCUUUUCCCUUUGUUUAUUAAAAAAUAAAGAACUUUUCUGGGUCUUAAAAGUAUAAUCUGUUGUUGGGGCUGGACAGUUAGAGGGUUAGAUUUGAAGCAAAGCUGAGAAAAUGAUAAGCCAAAUGAACAGUCUCUGUUAAGCUGAUUGGUGUUGGGCUAUUGGAAUUUGCUAUGGAAAAAAGAAAAUGGUUGUGGAAGAAGAAGUCUUCUGAGAGGAGUCCUGGUGAAACUGAGAGUUCUGGAUCGAUAUCUUCGCAUUCUGAGAGAUAUUCCGAUGAUCAGGAGGCUUUCAAAGCAUCGCCUAAUAAUAACGCACAAUCACCUGAAGUGUCAUCAAAAGCUUCAGCAAAUUGUGAAGAUGUUAAUGAUAGCAUUAAGAGCUUGACAGAGAAAUUAUCAGCUGCUUUAGUUAAUGUUAGUGCCAAAGAGGACUUGGUGAAGCAACAUGCCAAAGUUGCUGAAGAAGCUAUUGCAGGUUGGGAAAAGGCUGAAAAUGAAGUGGUGCUAUUAAAGCAAAAACUUGAGGCUGCAGUUCAGCAAAACUCAGCACUAGAAGAUCGGGUGAGCCAUCUUGAUGGAGCUCUCAAGGAAUGCGUUAGGCAGCUAAGACAAGCAAGAGAGGAGCAGGAGCAGAAGAUUAAUGAAGCUGUAGCAAAGACUACCCGGGAUUGGGAAACUACCAAAUUUGAACUUGAAAGCCAGUUGCUUGAGCUCCAAGAUAAAGCUGAAGCUGUCAAGUCUGAGCCCCCUCCUCACUUCAGUCCUGACCUUUGGCAUAAGAUUGAAGCUUUGGAGAAGGAAAAUUCGGCCCUCAAGCUUGAGCUCUCAUCUCAGUCAGAAGAGUUUGAAAUCAGAACAAUUGAAAGGGACUUAAGCACCCAAGCUGCUGAAACAGCUAGUAAACAACACUUAGAGAGCAUAAAAAAGGUAGCAAAGCUUGAGGCAGAGUGCCGAAGACUUAAAGCCCGAGCUUGUAAAUCAUCCUUGGUUAAUGACCAUAAAUCUCCGGUUGCCUCCUCAAUUUAUGUUGAAUCCCUCACUGAUAGUCAAUCAGACAGUGGAGAACGGCUUAAUGUGGUGGAGAUUGAUACCCACAAGAUGAGUGGCUUGGAGGCAAACAAAGGAGAACCUAGUUGUUCUGACUCAUGGGCAUCAGCUUUAAUUGCUGGACUUGAUCAAUUCAAAAAUGAAAAGGUCAUCAACAGAAAUCUCGCCAGUUCGUCUAUUGAGAUUGAUCUCAUGGAUGAUUUUCUUGAGAUGGAGCGACUUGCUGCAUUGCCUGAAAUCAAGAGCGAAAAUCAAUGUGUUGAAUCAAAAGCUACUGCCAAACAAUCUAGUGAUGCUGAUAGCUCGUUGAAGGCUGAGCUUGAAGCCAUGAUUCAUCGAACAGCGGAACUUGAACAGAAGUUGGAGAAGAUAGAACUUGAGAAGGCUGAACUAGAGAUUGCUCUUGCCAAAAGUCAAGAAAGUCUUGAAGCAUCAGCACUACAGUUGAGGGACACUGAAACAAAAUUGGAGGAAUUGGAAAGGGAGUUCCACAUGGCAAAUGAAGCAAAGCAACAUCUUGAGUUUCAACUCAGUAGCAUGGAAACAGAUGCAGAGACAAUGUCGGCAAAGAUUGACUCAUUAGAAGCAAAAAUUGAAAAGGAAAGGGCCUUGUCGGCGGAAGUUUCAGUUAAUGCAACCGAAUCAAAGCAACUUCUUGAGUCUCAACUCAUUAGCAUCGAAGCAGAGGCUCGGACGAUGUCUGCAAAGAUUGAUUCAUUAGAAACAGAAGUUGAAAAGGAAAGGGCAUUGUCAGCACAAAUUACGGUCAAGUGUCAAGAAUUGGAAGAAGAGCUGUCAAGAAAGAGACAGGAAGCUGAGCUCCAGCAAACUGCAAACUCAAACGUUGAAGUGAAGAUAAAACAGGAGGAUUUGGCUGUAGCUGCUGGAAAACUUGCCGAGUGCCAAAAAACAAUAGCAUCUUUAGGGCAGCAACUGAAAUCUCUUGCAACGCUGGAAGACUUCUUAAUUGACACCACGAGCAUACCAGAGUUCUCUAGAGGAGGAUCAUUGAUUCCUAAAGCUGGUGGAGAACCUUGGAAGUUGCAUUCUAAUGAAACAUAUUCUCCUAAAAGAGAUCCAGAUUCUCCAAGAGUUAAUGCUGACCAUUCUGGUCCUUCAGUAAAUAAGAACGAUGGAAACACACCACCUUCUUCAUCUUCAUCUUCAUCAAUUGUGUCAUCAAAUCAUGCUAGUUCAGAGAAGAACCGAAAUGGGUUUGCAAAAUUUUUCACUCGGAGUAAGAAUGGGAUACAACUAGAAAUUUAAGACACUUAGAUUAGUUGUAAAACAAAGAAAUUGUUUGUCAUUUCGAAGGCAGUGAUUAAAUGCUGUUUAAUCACCAUUAGUUAGUUCACUUUUAGGUUAUCUCAUUUAUAGUUUUAUACGUCAUGAAUGGUUGUCUAGACUCUGGAUACAAAAGUUUCAUAUUGAAAUUUCGAAUUUCGAAUGCUUGGGUUUA